AUGAACUCUCAAUUGCAUUAUGAAAUUUGGUUUAGAGUCUGGUGGGAGACAAUUCAAAUAGAAUUAAAAGAUGAAACAAAAGAAUUUACAAUACCUUAUCGUUUAUACAUGUGUAUUGAGUGUGAUCUUAAUACAGCAGUUACUGCAUGUUAUCAAAGUGUUUUUGGAACAAAAACUAAAUAUUCUGAUUUGGCAGCUAUAGGUUUCGAAAAUGAGGCUAUUAUUCAAGAACUGAUCUCUGAUAUAACUUUUGUUCUAAUAUUUCUUCAUGUAAGAAACCUUCAUGUAGUUAUACCAAGCAUUGAAAUUAAAAAAAAUCAGUAUACUUUAGAAAUUUAUUUAGAGUCACAGCGUAUUAAUAAAAUAGUAGAAGAAGCUUUAAAUAAAAUUUGGGAUCAG